CCCAAGGGCGACGCCGUUGUCCCCCCACGCGGGCACCGGGGAUGCGCCCCCUGUAAGCGGCAGCGGUGGGGGCGGCGGCCGCCCCCCCCCCCAGGGGCUGAGGAAGGAGCCCGUGGUCAAGAUGUCGGCGAAGUGGCGGGUACUGGAUGAACCCGGCAAAACAUAAAAUCCAUUAACCUGAAACCCUCCUUUCUAUCGUUAAAAACGCGCUGUUCCUGGGCGAGCGUUAAGGCCAAGGAACUGUCGCAAUCCGUUUGUCGAGGACAGACAGACAGACAGACACAAGAUGGCUCAGGCGAGCCUGCUGGCCUGCGAGGGCCUCUCCGGCGUCUGCCUCGUCCCCACCCUGGCCAGCAAGAAGAUGAUGCCCAAGCAGAGCGCCAAGGCGGGCGAGAGCUGCGACCGGGGCGGCAGCCCUGACGUGCUGGCGCUGCGUCAGGAUGAGAAGCCGCGCAGCCGCAAGGAGGACGAGACGCCCGAGGCCUCACAGCCCAAGAAAUCCAUUAAGAAGCGCCGCAAGCGGGUGGCAGGCGCCGAGGGACCCAGCCGCUCCUCCCGGAGAGGAUCCCGCCUCGGCAGCCAGGUGAUGGUGAUCAAACGGAACGGCUCCUUCCAGCUCAGCAUUCCCAAGAACUUCAUCUGCGAGCACUGCUUCGGCGCCUUCCGCAGCAGCUACCAUCUCAAGAGACACAUCCUCAUCCACACUGGUGAGAAGCCCUUUGAAUGCGACGUCUGCGACAUGCGCUUCAUCCAGAAAUACCACCUGGAGCGCCACAAGCGCGUCCACAGCGGCGAGAAACCCUACCAGUGCGAGCGCUGCAUGCAGAGCUUCUCCCGCACAGAUCGGCUCCUCAGACACAAACGAAUGUGCCAAGGUUGCCAAACCAAGACCCCCGACUCCCAGCUGUUGCUUUAGGAGCCAAGCAGAGCCCGGAAUGCUGACGGCAGCUGUCGGGGAGGGGGGGGAACUUUUUUCCUUCCCCCGCCUUGUGCUUUUCCUCCUCUUUCUCCGGUUUUCCUGGAUUUCCCCCCCAAUUCUGGCUCCGAUUUCCAGCCAACGGCACUGGACACAACUUGGCAGCCAAGACAGAUAGACCCAGCAGGAGCUGCUGCCGAGAAAAUUCCCUCUUCUUUACCAUUCCCCCCACCAUUUUAUUACUAUAUCCCGCCCCCCCCUCCUCAGGAAAGUCUCCGAGCCAAGCCCCAGAUGCUUUUUCGAGCUGGAGGGGGCCCUGCUGGGAAAAUCCGCUUUCCAACCUGCUUUUGGAGCAGAAAAAGAGGAAUUCUCAGUGCUGGCAGCAUUGUGGCGGUGAGGGGGGGGCCCAUCCUGGUUUGGCCGCCCCCUGUUUUACUGGUUCUUCAUGAAUUUUGGGAGGGGGGGUAUCUUCUUUUUUUUGUGUGUAUGUGUGUGUGGGGGGGCAUGGAGACCUCUCCCCCCAUCCAUCUCCCAGCCCUGGAGGGGGUCCCCAGCUCCUUCCAAUUCCACACUCUGGGAAUGCUGGAGAAGACUGGAGGACCAUUCUGUCAUCCCCCCUGCCAAGAAAAGACAGACUGCUAUGCUCCCUGGCUCAUGCCAGUGGGGGGGUGCAAAGGGGCUGAAUUUGGUGCCCCCCUCCCCGCUUUUGGCACCCUAUUCCCAUUCCAGCACUGCUGAGAGCCAGACUGGCACCACAGGGUGGGGGUGGGUUGUGCAGUCUCCGUUGAUCCUACAUGGGGACCGCCCCCAGUUUGGGAUCCCCCCCCCCUAUUUGGGAAUUCCCCCCUCCAAUUUGGGGAUCCCCCUCACCCCCUAUUUGGGGAAUCCCUACCCCAUUUUGCUGCCCCUCCAAUAGGUGCUGCAGGAGAAGCUUCACCUUGGGCAGCUGAGUGCCACCCCCCCCCCCGCAAAAUCUCUCUGGGAUUUUGGGGCAGGGGGCCGGAUGUGGAUUUUUUUGGGGGGGGGGGGGGGGGCCUUCCCCAUCAUGAGAAAAACAGCAGGGGAGCUGAGUAAAACUGGGAGCGAAACUGGCUUUGCCAAACGGCAGCGGCUGCAUCCUGCCCCGCGCUUGCUCCCCACGUUUCCCUUUUUUUUGGGGGGGUGGGGUGGAUUUUGGUUGUAUUUUUGGGGUUUAAUACACUUA